UAUCCGUAAUGACCGCAGUUCCCACCCCAACAGAAGUUAGGUGGCAUAAGGCGCCCAUGACGUUUCAUGCCCUCUUUUCUUAGUCCGUUCACGUAAAACGUCCAUUCUUCCCCCCUUUUCUUUUCUGGCCUUUAUACCAGAGCAUCGGUUCAAUCGGUUCCUGGGAAUCCCUUAUUGUUAUGCGUGGUGGGAGAUCGCUUGGUGUCUCUGGGAGUUUUGCCGGUUUCGGGACUGGGAUUGCCGGCAUUCUCUUGUCUCUCCUCAAGACUGCAGACAGGCCUUUUUUUUUGGGCCGGGGAUGCCAGAAAAUUGGUACGAGUCCCCUACAUAGAGGCGCGGGUGUGCAUAGGCAUGGGUGUUAUGAUCGGGGCUUUGCGAGAGCAGUAUAUUUUACACAUGAUUCACCUGCUCUGCUCGAGACGUCGAUCAGAAGGAUGCAUGUGUGUGUACAUACGGCGUAUGCUUUCAUGUACGCCAAUACACAUUCAUUUGUACGGAGCUUUAUUUCUUAUACUACGGGGUUCAUGGCAGGGGAAACAGCAGUGAUGAGCCGGUGUUGGAAUUAUGUUUGUUUUUCAUAACUGCGAGCCCACUAUGCAACGUUCCUUUCACUUUCUAAUGUGACCACGGGUCAGGAAUCCAACUGACAACCUGGAAGGCUGUGGAAGUACAUUCAUUAUUAUAUGCGUGAUGUGAAGCAGCCAUGGCAAUAACGCACAAGACACCAUACAAGAUGCCACCAUGAGAGGACGAAAACCCGUCCUUGCUAAAGCAGGAAAACAUAAAAAUGUCCA